AGGGAGGAGAACAUUGCUAUUAUCAGGGAAAAAUACGAGGAAAUCCUGUAUCAUAUGUUGCCUUGUCAACAUGCCAUGGAUUACAUGGGAUGUUCUAUGAUGGGAAUCAUACUUUCCUUAUUGAGCCAGAUGAAAACUACACUUCAGAUGAUGACUUCCAUUUCCACUCUGUUUACAAAUCCAAGUUGUUUGAGUUUCCUUCGGUUGACSUGCAAUCUGAGUUCUGGCAGAUGAAUAGUACAUCACAGGAUUUUGUUGUAAGGCCAAGACACAAAAGAAGGAAAAGGCAGGUUCGUCAGAUUCCACGUAAAGUUGAAGAGGAAACAAAAUACAUUGAGCUGAUGAUUGUAAAUGAUCAUCUAAUGUGUAAAAAGCACCGCUUGUCAGUCGGCCAUACCAACAGCUAUGCUAAAUCAGUUGUGAACAUGGCAGAUUUAAUAUAUAARGAACAACUUAACACCAGGAUAGUAUUGGUUGCCAUGGAAACCUGGGCUACUGAUAACAAGUUCACCAUAUCUGAAAACCCCUUGGUGACUCUACGUGAGUUUAUGAAAUAUAGGAGGGAUUUUAUCAGAGAGAAAAGUGACGCAGUUCACCUUUUUUCGGGGAGUCGAUUUCAGAGCAGUCGAAGUGGUGUAGCCCACACUGGAGGAAUCUGCUCCUUGCUUAAAGGUGGAGGUGUGAAUGAGUUUGGAAAGCCAGACUUAAUGGCAGUUACCCUGGCACAGACYUUGGCCCAAAACAUUGGCAUUUUCUCAGACAGGAGAAAACUUCUAAGUGGUGAGUGUAAGUGUGAGGACACAUGGUCUGGAUGCAUAAUGGGAGAUAUGGGGUACUAUCUUCCAAGCAAGUUCUCUGAAUGUGAUAUUGAAGAGUAUCAUGAAUUUUUAAACAACGGAGGUGGAGCCUGCCUUUUCAAUAAACCAACCAAACUUCUGGAUCCUCCAGAAUGUGGCAAUGGCUUUGUAGAAGAUGGAGAAGAAUGUGACUGUGGGACAAUAGCGGAGUGUGCCAACGAAGGAGGAGAGUGCUGCAAUACCUGCACCCUGACCGCRGGCUCCCAGUGCAGCAAUGGGCUCUGCUGUCGGAAGUGCCGGUUUGAACCUAAAGGAGUUUUGUGUCGAGAAGCAGUGAAUGAUUGUGAUAUUGCAGAAAACUGCACAGGAAAUUCCAGCCAGUGUUCUCCUAAUAUCCAUAAAAUGGAUGGRUAUUCAUGUGAUAACAGACAGGGUAUUUGCUUUGGAGGAAGAUGUAAAACCAGGGAUCGGCAAUGUAAAUAUAUCUGGGGUGAAAAAGUGACGGCUGCUGACAGGUACUGCUAUGAGAAGCUGAAUAUUGAGGGGACUGAGAAGGGAAACUGUGGAAGAGACAAGGACUCUUGGAUACAGUGCAAUAAACAGGAUGUGCUUUGUGGAUAUCUUCUGUGCUCCAAUAUAUCCAGUGUGCCCAGACUUGGAGAACUUGAUGGUGAAAUCACAACAUCAAUCUUGCACUAUGGAAGAGCCUACAAUUGCAGUGGUGGCCACGUGAAGCUGGACGAGGACACGGACCUGGGCUACGUGGAGAACGGGACGCCGUGCGGGCCGGACAUGGUGUGCCUGGACCACCGCUGCCUCCCCGCCGAGGCCUUCAACUUCAGCACCUGCCCGGGCACCAGCGACGGCCACAUUUGUUCAGGACAUGGAGUUUGUAGCAAUGAAAUAAAAUGUGUCUGUGACCGAUUCUGGGGAGGAGAUGACUGCAGUUCUCACAUCAAAGAUGAUCUAUUUUUUGAUAAAAAUGCCAUCAAUAGAGGUGUUGUUAGCACAAAUAUAAUAAUAGGGGCUAUUGCUGGCACCAUUUUAGUGUUGGCUCUCGUUUUAGGAAUAACUGGUUGGGGUUACAAAAACUACAGAAGUCAGAGACAAAUACCCCAGGGAGAUUAUGUAAAAAAGCCGGGAGAGGCCGACUCUUUUUAUAGCGACAUGCCUCCUGGAGUCAGCACAAACUCUGCAUCUAGUUCUAAGAAGAGGUCUGCUUUUCUGUCGCAUUUUCAGAUUUCUACCUGUUCCAUCACCCAUUAUUCCAUUAGUCAGAACAUUUCAUUGUUUUGCAGCAGGUCAAAUGGAUUAUCUCAUUCCUGGAGUGAAAGGAUCCCAGACACAAAACAUAUUUCAGACAUUUGUGAAAAUGGGAGGCCUAGGAGUAAUUCUUGGCAAGGUAAUAUAGGAGGAAACAGAAAGAAAGUCAGAGGCAAAAGAUUUAGGCCACGGUCUAAUUCAACUGAGUAUUUAAACCCAUGGUUCAAAAGAGAAUAUAAUGUAGCUAAGUGGGUAGAAGAUGUGAAUAAAAACACAGAAGGACCAUACUUUAGGACGCUGUCUCCUGCAAAGUCUCCAUCUUCAUCCACUGGAUCUAUUGCUUCCAGCAGAAAAUACCCUUACCCGAUGCCACCACUUCCUGAUGAAGAGAAAAAAGCCAACAGGCAAAGUGCCAGGCUAUGGGAGACAUCCAUCUAGCUGCACUGUUUUCCUGGGGUCACAUCAGAACUGUUUACUUUGGAUUUUAUAGAAACUCAGCAUCACUGAGUCACUGCACAUUCAUCUGCUCUUCAGACAAUUUGAAAGAUCAACAGAGAUGCCCAUGAUAUCGCAGUGAGAACCUCCUGUCAUGUGGAAAGGAAAAAAACAGUCUUUUUUUCUUUUUUGUUUUGUAUUUUAUGGAUUUGAUGAACAACCAAAAUCAUAACAUUUGACAAAGAAUAAUUAGCCCAGAUGUGACAAGGCUGUUCCGCAUGGUGACAGAUACACUUACCUAGAAUCCCAGCUGCAGUCCAUUUGCCAGUCCUGUGUAAGAGGUUUUUCUCUGGUUUAUUGCAGUCCUGAGUCAGACCAGAGUGGAACUGGGAACAUGCCUCAUGGAGAGCCCAGACAAUGUAAACUUGUACGCUGUAUGCAUGAACCUUGUGUUCUUUACUUUCCACAUGUAAGGGAAAAACAACAUACUGUAGUAGAGAUUAGCAUGCGGAAGUAAGAAAUAUAGGAUUUUUUUUUUUUGUGACAGGAUUUCAAGCUUUGAAAAGCAACUAUUUGACACAAAUGUAAAACAAAGAUUAUAUCUUUUUUUUUUUACCUUACAUGUUUAUAA